AUGGCACUCUAAAACAUUUGCUUACAUUGAGCAUUUGUGAUUUUGUAUUGUGUAGUCACCUGAGACAAUACCGCAGGCAGUACGCAAAGAGAUCGCAUUCGAGAAUAUUGUUCACAACAGCAUGUUCAUACUUGUGCGAGGAGCAGGUCGCAUGAAUAAAUGAAUAGUUGAGACAGUGCGUCUUUUUUCACAUGAAUUAACUUCAUGUACGUGUAAUAAGGACUUAUUAUGGCAUUUCAACAAAACCAACUACAGUUCAACGUUGGUGUCCCAACAUACACAGAAAAUUUAGCCUUUCGUCACCAUCGACCUGGAGCAAUUAUCGUAGAAAAACCUGUUGUACAACAAGCUUCGUCUGUGUUUAUCCCGCGACAAAAUGUUUCUCACGUCACUCGAGAGGUUAAUUCAAGUUCCUUGUCAAGUGAUAGAAUGGAAAUAGCAUUGAAACUGGCCCAGAGAGAUAUAAAAAAACAGAGAGAAUUAGAGAGAAUGCAGGCACUGAAAGGAAAAAGUAGAUCUCCAUCACCAAAAUCAUCUCGGACAAGGACAAUUCCAGGGCAAAGAUUUUGGAACAAAAAUCAAAGAAGGCGUGAUCCCAAAAAGGAAAACCGAGUUUUAACAGUACGAGAGCAUGACAGGAAUCGCCAACCAAAAGAAACUCGAACACAGACCCCACCCAGAGCACCAAAGUAUGAGGGGAGGGUACCAGAUCCAAACUUUCCUGUUUCAUCGAAUUCCCCACCAUCAAAAGACACAGACUUAAAAAUUUAUCCAAUAAGAAAGCUUCCUCCAAGUGACCAGCCAGCCAAAGAGAUCGAAAGGCUUCAGCGAGAAAUGGAAUCUUAUUUACAGCAGAUACAGGUCAUUGAGCAGAGAGCAAUGAGGGAGCAGUCCAUGGAUUUUCUUCAACACAAGUCUAAGAAGAAGAAGGGUUAUCUCCCAGACGAGGAGGACAGUGAGAGGAAACAGGUUCGAAGUGAAGAGAUCCAAACUCGAGCUGCGAGACAGCUGUAUGUUCUUAGACAGCAGGUACGAGAGGUUCAGAACCAGCUAAUCAGAGGGGAACCAGACAAACUGAAGCACACUAAGAAAAGCCAGAUCAUGGCACGUUUGGCCGCAGCCCACCGUGGAGCGGUGAGAGCAGUCCAGUCAUUUGUAAACAGCUUACCCUUCACAGAUCUACAGAGAGGACUACCCAGCAGUUACCAGGAGUUAGCCCUCCUAAUCAGACAGAUGUCACUUCUGAGCACCCAGCUUAGUGUGGAUGACAAGUCCAGUGUCCAUCAAGAUCUGCUGACCAUGCUGGACAGAGUAGAUGAGUUGAACAAGGCUUGGUGUGCAAAAGUCCAGACCUCUGGUAAAGCAGAAGGUGGUUCUCGACAGAAGUCCCCUCCCCGGCCUCCAUUUGAAGUCCCCAAACCUGUCAAUCAAACCAAACCAACAUUUGUAUCACAUAAAGGCAAAGAGAACAGAGCUAGAAAAGGUGUUUUGAUCACCAGGAAACCAGCCAAAGUUACAAAAAGAGCACAGCAAGGUAGAACACUGACACCAGAGAGGAGGGCAACUCUACAGGCCGGAAUAGCAGCAUUGAUGCAGGGAGAUAAACAGAAGAGCCUCACUGAUCUUACAGAGGGAGGUAAACAGACUAGCAAUGCUGGAAUGGCCUGGGAGAUUCCAAUAAGUAAACCCAAAAAGAGCCUCAUCAUCCCAGGAAAAUUACAAGCUAAACGAGACAAGGCUCAGAAACCUGUGAUCAAGUCUGUGCCAGAGACACAUUAUGCUGACCCCACCGUGGCCUCCCAGCUCAAAGUGACCACCCCUUACUUACAGGGAACAGUCUUAGAGAGGUCGUUUUCUGCUCCUCCGUCCCCAAGAGGUUACAAUAUCAGUCCAGAUAGUCCUUUACAUGGAGCCUGGAAACCUGCAGGUAAAACUCCAACUCAGACGAGGAGAACUCGGUCUCAGAGUCCACAGUCUGCCCGACGAAAGAUUUUGUCACAGGACGUAGAUGAAAGUGUUAUUCAAAACCUCUACCUUGAUGCCUUUUCUAGCCCGAACCAGUCCAUGGAGUUACAGAACAGAGGAAGAUCUCCCACCAGACAAAGACGUCAGUUCAGCAGGUCCCCAGAGGGUUUAGUAACGGAGGCAGAGAUGGCAAUCAGAAUGAGACUGAAACCAUUGUUGGAACAGGCUGAGAAAAUGGCAGCCAGACAGGAACGUUUGUUAGCCACAAAAGAUGUCUCUGCAAGACAGAAGUUAGCAGACAAGGCAUACAACAAUGUUGAAGCUCAUGGAGACGUUCUCGCUGAGAUGAUUUUGAAUGACAUCAUCAGGGACACUGCCGAGGAACUGGAGAAUUUAGAAAUGUCCGAGCGAGCCGGGUGUGAAGCCAUCAGACUACAAAACAACCCCACUCUGGAGAACGUGUUCCAGAGACUAGAGCAGAUGGAGCAAGAGCAGUUUGAGAUCAGAAGGCGCUGGGCCACACUGGAGUUUGAGGAAGCAGGAUCAAAUCUGAGGUCCAAAAGACAAACUGCAUUAUCUCAAGUUUCUAAGCCACAUGCACCUGUUGCCAUGGAAAUCACCAGGAACAGUGGGCCUAGCAUAAUUGGCCAAAAGAACUUGUAUCAACAAGAGUUCAAGGAAGACCAGCCAAUCAUAUUUACAAAAUUCAAACCUGAACCAAAGUUUGUACAGAAUAGAGUUGUACAGGAGGAGGAGGGUGCCAGUAUAGGAGACACCAGUAAAAAAGUGGAGAUAACUCUGGCUAAAAAUGUGGUGGAUAAUAUCCACAGUUAUGUGGAGAAAUAUGAGAGACAUUUGAGGAAAACAUCUCACCAGAUUCAGGGGAAAUUUGAUCCAUGGAAAUUAGUAGAAGAAGUUUCUGAUCAAGUAUUAGAGGAUUGUUUGAAGGAAGUGUCUGAGGAGUUGGAGGAUAUUAAUGAAGCAGCUGUUAACCAACUCUGUAAAUCUGAAUUCAUGAUCAAUACCACCCUGAACAGCACACAGACUUCACCUGGCUUCACCCCCGGGGGUUCACCCCACCAGAGCCCCACCCACUCUCCAGGUGGGUAUGUCUCAGUGGCCUCUCCUAAUGGGGCUGUAAAGGUGGUAGCCUUCAGUGAAAAAGAGGAUCUAGUCUCUGCCUCUCAGGAAGAACUUACAAUAUCAGAGGAAAUGACUGAAGACGAUGAGGAUGAGGAUGAUUAUGAAGAUGAUUAUGAAGAAGAGAACUGAUGAGUGUAGUUGAUGUAAAUUCUAAUGAGUAUAUUUAUAGGCAUGUAAAUUAUUUUAGUUUUAUAACUUUGUAAUUUAUGUAUAGUUAUAUAUUUCAAAUUAUUUGAAAAUACAAUCUGGAAUCUAUAUAUUUACACAUUUACAUGUAGAAAGUAUGAAAUUGAAACAAAAAUUCGAAGAG